GGCUGUAGCCUAGCAGCGCCCCGCCCACGGCCCUCCCUCUCGGGUCCCCAGCAGAGCCGGCCCCCAGCAUGGCCCUGCUGGGCUGCCCAGCCACGUCGUUGUACCCGCUCGCCUGCUGCGGGCUCUUCUUUCUCGUUCUCCUCCUGCUCUUGUUAACCCGGACCCGCUGCGGUCGAGCCCGCUGGAGCAUCCCCGGGCUGAUCAUGGCCCGUAGCGAGAGGCUGCUUUUUCGGAUCGGGUACAAUCUGUAUGCACGUACCUGGCUGGGUUACCUCUUGUACCGAAAACAGCUUCAGAGGGCACGUCAUCGCUAUCCGGAUGGUCAUUCAACUGUCCAGCCCCGAGUUUUUAAUGGAGUGAAGGUGCUGCCCAUUCCAGUCCUUCUUGACAACUAUAGCUACCUCAUCAUUGACACACAGUCCAAGCUAGCUGUAGCUGUGGACCCUUCAGAUCCAAGGGCUGUACAGGCCUAUAUUGAAAAGGAAGGAGUCACCUUGGUUGCCAUUCUCUGUACCCAUAAACACUGGGACCACAGUGGGGGCAACAGGGAAUUGAGACGACAGAAUAGAGGAUGCCGUGUCUAUGGAAACCCUCAGGAUGGCAUUGCUCAUCUCACUCAUCCCCUCUGUCACCAGGAUAUGGUGAGUGUGGGGAGGCUUCAGUUCCAGGCUCUGGCCACUCCAGGUCAUACCCGGGGCCACAUGAUUUAUGUGUUGGAUGGAGAACCCUACAAGGGACCCUCCUGCCUUUUUUCAGGGGAUGUUCUCUUCCUCUCUGGCUGUGGCAGAAUAUUUGAAGGGACACCUGCAACCAUGUUGAAUUCGCUGGACCUCAUCAUGGGCCUGGGAGAUGAUACCUUGCUUUGGCCUGGUCAUGAAUAUGCCGAGGAGAAUCUUAGCUUUGCAGGUCUGGUGGAACCAGAAAAUGUGGCACGAGAGAAGAAAAUGCAAUGGGUUCAACAGCAGCGCCUAGAACACAGGAGCACGUGUCCAUCAACCAUUGGAGAGGAGAAGACAUACAAUCCAUUCCUGAGGACCCACUGUCUUGCUCUUCAGGAGGCUUUGGGACCCCUUCCUGGCCCUGGAGGGGACGCUGGCCCCUCCAGAGCGCGACUCCUUGAAGAACUUCGGAGGCGCAAAGAUCAGCACAAGGGCAAAUGAGACCCCUAUUUGGUGGGGGCCCUUUUAAUUCUCCACUCCCCUCUUUUCCUAUCAUUAGCACAUUUGCCCUCCCCAAUAUUGCCUCUCUUCCCCUCACUCUGACAGAGGAAGGAGCAGAAAAAAAUCAUCGACUUCACGGUGGACUUCAAAAAGAGUAUAUGGAUGGAAAGUGAGAUUUCAAGGGGAAGGGGAUUGGUUACAAAUGAUGGGGUUUAUGAAUGGAGAGAAAAAAAGAGAAAGGAAGUGAAGAAUAUUCCUUCUCCUUCAUCUCCUCCUGCUUACCCACCUGAGUCCUGGGGUUUCCUUGAAGGGAGGUUGGGAGCUUAGAAGGAAACUGGAUGGUUGAGGUCUUCUGGGUCAGUCUUAUCUUGAGCCUUGCCUGCCCUCUGACCUCCACCACUAGAAGCCUCCAUCCAUCCAAAUUCUGGCUGUCCAGUGUUGCUUUUUCCCACUGAAAUCCCAAAUAGAGGCCAGUAGCAGACAAGGCAAGAGGAAGAGGAUCAGAUUGAGAGGAGGGCCACUGAGACUUAAAUCUAGUUCUCUCUAAUCCCUUUCUUCACACCCUUCCUCUAGGGAAUUUGAAAUAAAGUCCUUCAAGGGGAUCCGCUAGUGGAUUUCUUUUGGAAAAGGUAGUGAUGUUCAAUGUCUGUCUAGCUUCACUUCUCACAGAACAACUCCCCCCCUCCCCCCGCCUUCAAAACCAAAACCCCUUUGUCCACUGGUUUCCUUGGGUUCAACAUCUAGAAGGCUCCUUUUUGUAGGACCAACACAAAACAGAAAGGUGAGAGAGCAUCCCUUUUCUCUUCAGAUGCUCUUCUUCCUUUGACUGUACUUCUUGCUUCACCACUAUUCCCAAUUUGUAAAAAGAAAAUAUUGCUUUUAAAGACCAUAUUGCUUGACUACAAACCCCAAACCCCAGAGAGGUAUUGCUGAAGUUCUUAAAAAUAGGGACCUGCUUAUUCUUUUAGGUGUCACAUAUUUCAGCAUUGGGAGCCUCUAGAAGUCUUGAUGACGAACCUCUUUGCCUCUGUUCAGCCUGGGAGCCUCUCCUUCCGAGAGACCUCUGAGUUUCCUGUUGCAUUGUCUCCUGCUUCUUAUUCAUGAAAGUCUUCAUCUCUAACUAACCUAAAUCCUUCUUGCUGUACUCUCAUUCUAUUUGCUCCUAUCUUUAGUUUUGAUGGAAAAUAUCUGGAAUAUGAAAUAACCCUUCUAAUUGGAAAUCAAUUAUUGGACCUCUUCAGCCCUUCCUUUUUUUUUUUUUUAAACUGGACCUCUUGUUUCGUUGGUAUAAUGAGUUCCCCAAGAAGAUGUUCCUUUUCCCAAUGUAGAUGACCACUUGCAACUGGAAUAAUCUUGAGAAUUAACUGUGUGUUUCAGAAUCUUCCUGAUGGUUUUUGGUUUUUUAAUGGUUUGUUUUUGGUUUUGUUUAUUUGAGAGAAUUACCAAUCAACUCUCCUUUGCUUACAUAGGAUUAUAGCAGGAUCAAUGGCAAGUCUGAAGUGAUAAUAAUUUUGAGGAAUGGAAUGCAAACAGAGUGGCAGGUUUCCAUUUUCCUAAACUGUCUAGCUUUUAAAGUUUAGGUUAGCACAGUUACUUUUAUUUAGAUCUCCAGAAUAAUAAGUCAUUAUUGUUUGAAACAAUAUUGUUGAAAAGCGUUGAAAUGGUUCACCUGAGCUGUGUUUAUCCAGACAAACUUCUUCUCCUUCUUAUGACAGAUUGUCUGCUAUAGACAGGAAGAUCUUUCUGCCCCUUCUCUAUAACCUCUUAUAUCUGAAAUUUUCCUUGUUAUAAACUCAGAACUUUCUUGCCAAUUGAAGCUUACCAGCCUGAGUCGGGGAUUCAGAGACAACAUGCUAAAGAGUUUGACCUUGUCUCUCUUCCCCCAACUAGAGCAACCUUGUUGUGUGAGACAGUCCCAGGUGUACCCAAUACAAGAGGAAUAACUUCAGUCAGGAGGGUGCCUCUUUCUGGAUCCCCUUUUUGCCACAACCUAAGAUCAUUGUACUAGAACCUGUGUUACUCUCCUUCUCUUCUGGGUGCCAGUUGGUUUUUUGCCCUGUGAUCUAAUUGUGUACUGUGAUCCAAUUGCACCUUUCUGCCCUGUGUUUCUUUAUUUCCCCACUUGUAUCGUGUUAAACUACAAGCCCUCCCUUGUGAAUUAAUGUAUCCCUAAUUAAAGUCUCUCUAUAUUUUUUUUUGCAUCAA